CAUAGUUAAAUGUUGGUGAAUAUUUCGUAAACAGUUAUUACAUCAGUUCGCUUUGUGAUAACCUUGUUAUCAGAGUUAUAUUCUCGGUCUCCCGCGACUCGCAUUAUUCGAUCGACCUUGCGUCAGAGUGAGCACUGUUCAAUAGUAACUACUAAUUAGUCUUUAGAUAAAUACUUCGUCAUAGCAAAUCAAGAUCGCCGAUAUAGAAGUUAUAAAAUUAUUAACGAGAAUGUUUUCUAUUGACGCGCCGUUAGAACUACAAAAUACAGAAUAUUGCAAUUAUCGGUCACCUUUGAGCACUCGUUAUGCUUCUAAGGAGAUGCAAUAUAACUUCAGUGAUCAGAAGAAAUUCUCCACUUGGCGAAAAUUAUGGAUUUACUUGGCGAAAGCACAAAAGGAGCUCGGCCUGGACAUAACGGAGGAGCAGAUCUCGGAGCUGCAGGGUGCGGUGCACGACAUCGACUUCGCGGCGGCGGCGCAGCACGAGCGGGCCGUGCGGCACGACGUGAUGGCGCACGUGCACACGCUGGCCGAGCGCUGCCCGCGGGCUGCACCCAUACUGCACCUGGGCGCCACCUCGUGCUACGUGGGUGACAACACCGACCUCAUCGUGCUGCGCCACGGACUGGAGCUGCUGCUGCCGCGCCUGGCCGCCGUCAUCAGCCGGCUGGCCGCCUUCGCCGACGAAUUCAAGUCGCUUCCCAUUCUGGGUUUCACCCACUUGCAACCGGCACAGCUAACAACAGUUGGAAAGAGAGCUUCGCUCUGGUUGAGCGAUCUGAUGAUGGAUGAACGCGCUCUCUCCCGCGUGAAGAAUGACCUUCGGUUCCGCGGGGUCAAAGGUACCACUGGAACUCAAGCGUCAUUCCUGCAAUUAUUCAAGGGAGACAGCGCUAAAGUACGAGCCCUGGACAAAAGAGUCAGCGAGCUAGCUGGCUUUGACAAGAGGUACCUCGUUACUGGACAGACUUACUCGAGGAAGGUGGACCUGGAAGUGAUCUCCGCGCUGUCCGGGCUCGGAGCCACAGUUCACAAGAUGUGCUCCGACAUCCGCAUCCUGGCCUCUCGCAAGGAGAUCGAGGAACCGUUCGAGUCGUCGCAGAUCGGCUCGAGCGCCAUGCCGUACAAGCGCAACCCCAUGCGCUCGGAGCGCUGCUGCGCCCUGGCGCGCCACCUCAUCACCCUGCACGGCAACGCCGCGCACACGCUGGCGGCGCAGUGGCUGGAGCGCACGCUCGACGACUCUGCCAACCGCCGGCUCACGCUGUCCCAGGCCUUCCUGGCCGCCGACGCCACGCUCCUGACGCUCCUCAACAUAUGCCAAGGUCUAGUGGUCUAUCCCAAAGUCAUCGAGCGCCAUAUCGCCCAAGAGCUCCCGUUUAUGGCCACCGAAAAUAUCAUAAUGGCCAUGGUGCAAUGUGGCGGGGACCGCCAGGUCUGCCACGAGAAGAUCAGGGUGCUGUCACAGCAAGCCGGCGCCGUCGUCAAGCAAGAGGGCAGAGAUAACGACCUGAUCGAGAGAAUCAGAAGCGACAACUACUUUCAGCCGAUCAUCUCGCAACUGGACAGGAUCCUGGACGCGUCUACCUUCAUCGGAAGAGCUGCGGAGCAGGUCACAGAGUUUAUCGAAGAAGAAGUCAAGCCUAUAAUUUCCAAAUAUAGCGCCGUGUUAUCGGAAGUGGAGAAGCCGGUUGCGUUAAAUAUUUAACGGUAGCGGUGGAAGGAGAUCAAACAAACAAAUAUUUCUGAAUAAAUGAUAUAUUUACAACAGAG